CCGAGAAAUGGAAGGAGUGGCUUGCACUUCGGCACGGCAGCGCUCGACACGCGCAAGAGACUUCGUCAAAAUUCCUACGAAAAUAAUCCUCCCGCUAUCUGGCAAUCCUAUGUACAGUCGCCUGCCGCUCGCCGUUGUAUCUUGCGCAUGUUAUUGCAAGCCUACAACCCCUCGUCUUCUGUCUUUCUCCUCCUGUCGGCUUACCGAGGUUAAACUCGCAAGCAGACAUGAUGAGUAAGGUGCACUCGGGGAGCCUGGAAAGGUUGAGCAAGCCCGGACUUGAUUUCAUGCAGGAGAAUAAAGGACUUGAAGAGACAAAGCUGGGAUCCUUUAGGAAGAAGGGGGUGAAUAACUCAAACAAAUUCAGGCAUUCAAUGAAUAAAAAAGGAAGAAGAAGCAGCCGGGUCAUGUCUGUCUCCAUUGAGGAUAACCGUGAUGUGGAGGAAAUGCAAAUUGUAGAUGCCUUUAGACAGACCCUCAUCUUAGAGGAGCUUCUGCCCUCAAGACAUGAUGACUAUCAUAUGAUGCUCAGAUUUCUUAAGGCCAGAAAGUUUGAUAUUGAGAGAACAAAGCAAAUGUGGGCUGAUAUGCUUCAAUGGAGGAAGGAAUUUGGUGCUGACACAAUACUCGAGGAAUUCGAGUACAAAGAGAUUGAUCAAGUCUUGGAGUACUAUCCACAAUGUCAUCAUGGUGUUGACAAGGAAGGCAGACCUAUUUAUUUCGAAAAGCUUGGGCAGAUCGAUAUUAACAAAAUGAUGCAAGUCACAACCUUGGAUCGUUAUAUCAACUACCAUGUAAGGGAGUUUGAGAGGAUCUUUUCCGUCAAGUUCCCAGCUUGCUCUAUUGCUGCAAAAUGUCACAUUGAUCAGAGCACCACGAUUCUUGAUGUGCAAGGAGUGGGAGUCAAGAACUUUAAUAAGACAGCAAGAGAACUAAUUGGUCGUCUUCAGAAGAUCGAUGGUGAUAAUUAUCCAGAGACCCUGAACCGCAUGUUCAUCAUUAAUGCUGGGCAUGGAUUUAGGCUCUUAUGGAACACGGUUAAGGGAUUCCUUGACCCUAAAACUGCUUCAAAGAUCUACGUUCUUGGCAACAAGUACCAGAGCAAGCUGCUUGAAGUAAUUGACGCUAGUGAAUUGCCGGAAUUCCUUGGUGGUACAUGUAAAUGUGCCAAUGAGGGAGGUUGUCUUCGGUCUGAUAAAGGGCCAUGGAAUGAUCCUGAAAUUUUGAAGAUUAUUCCAAGUGGCGAGGCCAAGACACUAAAGCCAAGCUAUGCUUCCAGCGCUAAUGAGAAGAUUAUUUCUGAGGAGAUUGUUUACCAUGAGAAAAAUGAUUCAAUUUCUAGUGGGACUGUCAUCACUACUGACGAUGUGACUUCUCCUAAAUUAUCACGAUGGAUGAUUGAGCAACCACAUCUCUCACCCAUUCGAGAGGAGAUGUAUAGUCAUCAGAUGAAGAAAAAAUGUCCGUCCUUUGAUGUCCCUAUGGUUGACAAGACUGUGGAUGCCACCUGGAACGUGGAUUUGUCACAUUACAAGAUUGCCACUGCUAAAGGAGUGUAUGACAUUGCGAACAAUUGUAAGGAUGUUAAAUUGAAUGGUGGUGUCUUCACUGGUUUCAUGGCCUUUGUCAUGGGUGUAGUCACCAUGGCAAAGAUGUCCAAGAACCUACGGAGGAAGAUUAUGGAUGAAAAGGAUGUAUGCUACUCGAAUGAAAUGGACAAGAGGCAGGGCCUGGCGGCCAAGCCUACAGUCUCCAUGUCAGAGUACUCUGCAGUUAUGAAGAGGCUUGAGGAGCUCGAGCAAAAGGUGAAUGAUCUCAGUAAGAAGGCCGAGCCCUCUCCAGAGAAAGAGGAGAUGCUCAAGUCUGCUAUGUACCGUGUGGCAACAUUGGAGUCUGAGCUUGCUGCCACCAGAAAGGCUCUUGAAGAUGCAAUUUCUCACCAAGUCGAGCUUUCUGCUUACAUCGAAAAGAAGAAAAAGAAGAAUAGAACCUUUUUUGCUGGUAAGUGGUGGUCAAAAUUAAAGAACACUGCCGUUUCAGGCAACAAACACUAAACACUGUUUGCCAUAUCACCGCAACAAAUGGAGCAUUUCUCUCUUCUUUCCAAAUUAAUAUGGAUUCGGAUAAAGUUAUUUGAUUCAUAUAUUCUUUCAAAGUCGUAUGGUCUGUUAUAGAUAAAUUCCCCAGCUGGGGGACUAAAUAAUGUUGUGGGAUAUAAAGUAUUACAUAUUGCUAUCUACAAUGAAAAAUUUCCGUGUAUACUUUUUAUUGUAUUGUGUUUGCAAAAUUUAAACUGUGUAAUCUUGGUGGCUUUUGAUGGU